AUGCUUUGGGUGGAGUACCCUGUGGGAGUGGGUUUCUCCCGCGGUGAACCAACUGCGACGAAUGAAGAAGAUCCGGCCGAUGAAUUCAUUCAGUUCUUCCAAAAUUUCCAGGUUCAAUCCCCUGCUUCUUUCUCUGAGCCUGAAGUUGUGCUGAUUCUUGAAUACCAGGAUAUCUUUGGUAUCAACGACUAUUCGAUCUAUGUGACUGGUGAGAGCUAUGCUGGACGAUACGUGCCUUAUGUGGCGAAUGCGAUGCUCGAGCAGAAUGAUACGACACAUUUCAAUCUCUCUGGUGCCCUGGUAUACGAUCCCUGCAUAGGCUCAUUUGACUACACCAACGCCAUCUCGGUUUAUCCUUUCGUUGAGCAGAACAACAACAUCCUAGGGUUCAAUAAAACCUUCGUCGCAGACCUUGCAGCGCGUGAUAAAGCUUGCGGCUACGCUCAAUAUCGCGAGGAUUUCCUGCAGUUUCCUGCCAACGGCACUCAACCACCACUAUACCUCAACGCUACGGCCGACCCGGAGUGCGAUCUCUGGGACGAUGUAUACCUCAAUGCAUACGCCGUGAACCCCUGCUUCAAUGUUUACGAGCCGAACUUACAAUGUCCAUUGCUGUCGGACCCACUAGGAUUCCCCAGCGAUCUGAUAUACUCUUACCCUGGAUUGCCUCCUUACUUCAACCGGUCCGAUGUCAAGAAGGCUAUGCAUGCUCCAGAGGACACAGACUGGGCUCUAUGUACCGGGCCAGUGUUCGUAGGCAAGGGCGGCCCCCAGGACCGUGGAGACCUCAGUGCAGAUCCGCUCCAAGGCGUUCUCCCACGGGUCAUUGAAGCGACAAAUCGCGUUUUAAUAUCCAACGGCGCACUCGACUUGGACCUCCUGACGAACGGCACGAUGCUCGCGAUCCAGAAUAUGACCUGGAACGGGAAAAUGGGCUUCCAGGCGCCCCCUAAUAGAUCCAUCGUCAUCGGGCUCGCAGACCUCCAGUACCAGGACGUCUUUGUGUCAAGCGGCUUUGUGGGCCUCAGCGACCAUCAAGGAGUCAUGGGUGUGCAGCAUUUCGAGCGCGGGCUCAUGUGGGCGGAGACGUACCUUUCCGGCCACAUGCAGCCGCAGUUCCAGCCUCGGAGCAGUUAUCGCCAUCUGCAGUGGCUGCUGGGGAGGAUCGACACGCUUUGA